AUCCGCGAGCUCGAAGGAAAAACCACAGUACUUCCGCAACGUCACUAAUGACACGUAUUCAAAAUGGCGGCCGCGGCUAUGGAGACGUGGUGGGCCUUGCUGCUGUUGUCCUCGUUGCCUCUUGUCCGGCCCUUCUAUGUUCCCGGGGUCGCUCCCCGGGACUUCCACGAAGGUGACACAGUAGAUCUUAAGGCAGUGAAGCUGACCAGCUCCCGCACCCAGCUUCCUUAUGAAUACUACUCCCUGCCUUUCUGUAAGCCGGAGUCUGUUUUCUACAAGGGAGAGAACCUGGGUGAGGUAUUGCGUGGGGACCGUAUUGUGAAUACACUCUACAAUGUAGAGAUGAACAAGGAUAAGAAAUGUGAGAUGGUAUGCAACAAGAAAAAGCUCAGCAUAGAAGAGAGCAAGCUGGUUGCUGAGCGGAUCCAGGAGGAGUAUUAUGUUCACCUUAUUGCAGAUAACCUGCCAGUUGCCACCAGGUUGGAGUUUUACCCCAACAGAGAGGCACCAGGGGAGGAGGACCAGAAGAAGGACGUGGUGAAAGAUAUCCAGUUUGAACAUGGCUACAGACUGGGCUUUGUCAACGACAACAAGUUUUAUCUGCACAACCAUCUGUCCUUCAUCCUGUACUACCACAGAGAGAAGCUGGAGGAAGUGGAAGUUCACAAUUACAGGGUGGUGCGAUUUGAGGUCGUGCCCCAAAGUGUAAAAGUAGAUGAUCUGAAGGCUGAGGAAAGUAAGAGGACUUGCACCUUGCCCGAGGCCAGUGGCUCUUCGCCACAGGAGAUUGACCCGACCAAAGAGAACGAGGUCCUCUUCACCUACUCUGUCCACUGGGAGGAGAGCGAGGUGAAGUGGGCAUCUCGAUGGGACACAUACCUGACCAUGAGCGAUGUCCAAAUUCACUGGUUCUCCAUUGUCAACUCUGUGGUGGUCGUCUUCUUCCUGUCUGGUAUUCUGAGUAUGAUCAUUAUCAGGACCUUGAGAAAGGACAUUGCUAACUACAACAGAGAGGAUGACAUCGAGGACACCAUGGAGGAGUCAGGAUGGAAGAAUGUCCACGGUGAUGUCUUCAGGCCGCCUCAAUAUCCCAUGAUCCUCAGCUCUCUGCUGGGCUCAGGGAUCCAGCUCUUUUGCAUGAUCCUCAUCGUCAUCUUUGUUGCCAUGUUGGGCAUGCUGUCUCCAUCCAGUAGAGGAGCCUUGAUGACCACUGCCUGCUUCCUCUUCAUGUUCAUGGGUGUAUUUGGUGGCUACUUUGCUGGCAGACUGUACCGUACACUCAAGGGCCAUCGGUGGAGGAAAGGAGCAUUUUGUACAGCAACGUUGUAUCCUGCCGUUGUUUUUGGAAUCUGCUUCAUCCUCAACUGUUUCAUCUGGGGAGAACACUCCUCCGGGGCAGUUCCUUUCACCACCAUGCUGGCCCUGCUGUGUAUGUGGUUCGGUAUCUCCAUGCCCUUGGUCUACCUGGGCUACUACUUUGGCUUCCGCAAACAGCCGUAUGAUAACCCAGUACGCACCAACCAGAUCCCUCGGCAGGUCCCAGAGCAGCGCUGGUACAUGAACAAGUUUGUAGGAAUCCUGAUGGCCGGGAUCCUGCCAUUCGGUGCCAUGUUCAUCGAGCUCUUCUUCAUCUUCAGCGCCAUCUGGGAGAAUCAGUUCUAUUACCUCUUUGGCUUCCUGUUUCUGGUCUUCAUCAUCUUGGUGGUGUCCUGCUCUCAGAUCAGCAUUGUUAUGGUUUAUUUCCAGCUCUGUGCAGAGGACUACCGGUGGUGGUGGAGGACCUUUCUGGUUUCAGGAGGCUCGGCGUUCUACGUCCUCAUUUACGCCGUCUUCUACUUUGUCAACAAGUUGGACAUUGUGGAGUUCAUCCCCUCCCUCUUGUAUUUCGGCUACACGGCCCUGAUGGUUCUGUCGUUCUGGCUGCUCACGGGCACGAUCGGCUUCUACGCGGCCUACAUGUUCAUCAGGAAAAUCUAUGCUGCAGUCAAGAUCGACUGAGUCGUCACUGUUGCUGCUGUUGUCUUUAUUUUUUUUUUAUUUUUUGGGUUGGUUGUUACUUUUUUUUUUUUUUUUGUCCCAUUCAGUUUUUUUAAUGUAUAUAUUUUUUAAUUCUUCAUGUCAAACAAGCACUGACUUGUGUGUAGGGGAGAUCAAGAGGGGUUCUUUUUAUGGUGCAACAGCCCCACCCACUGGCCUCAUGGGAAAGAACAGCAGGAUGGCAGAGCUAAACCCGCUCUCUCUCUCUCUCGCUCUCUCUUUCGCUUUCGCUUCUAUCCUCCCUCCUUUUUCCAGGACAGAGACUCAGAGGGAAUUCUCCUCUGAUGGGACGGUGAACGUCUCCUGCUGUUUUCACCUUGCACACAACACAGUGGGCCAAAGCUUGUCCAACGACGGUUUCUGCACAUUUUUGUUUUUGUCUCCUCAUUUGUUAUGAGUCUUAACUUAUCCAGGUUUUUAUUUUCAUUUUGUCUGACCUAAUUUCUUUCGAUUAUCUUCUGCGAAGCUACUUCAUCUGAUUUUCUUACGUAAGUUUUGCCUUUCCUCUUUCCAACGUCUCUGUUUUUUUUUUUCAAAUGUCAAUUUCAGAGACUUUUUGAGAUCAGGGAAGGAUUGGGGGGAGUCUCAACUGUGGUUAUGGUGUUGACUUUGUUGUGUUGAACUGAUAAGGAUGGAUAUCAUGCUGGGCAGUUCUACAUUGUAACACAAGAAAGGAUCAAUUAAAUGUUGUGUUAUUUUUACUCUAGUUUCCAUGUCCUGGUGUGACCAUGUUAACCACAACUGUAAUCAAGAUAUUUCGCUUCUCCUUCCAAAAA